AUGAGCCUGCUGUACCUCCUCAUCCUCCUGGCUCUGUACACACCUGCACAUGGCACCUGGGACAACUGCAGAGGGACCUGUGGGCAGCGGCCCAUGGCUGACUACGACUCCAUAACUGCUGACUACAGAAUCAUGGCUGGUGCAGGGGCCCUGCCCGGGGCCUGGCCCUGGAUUGUCAGCAUCCAGGACCCCAGGAAAGAUGGCAGCGGCCACACGUGUGGAGGGUCCCUCAUCAGCCCACAGUGGGUCCUCACAGCAGCACACUGCUUCCUCCAGGCCAGAAACGAACUUCUUCCCACCUCACUCAGCCCUGAAGACACUGUCAGGAUUCUGAGGAAGAAGUUGAUGAUGACCAGACAGAAUCCUGUGUUUGAAUGGAAUUUAUGCAUCAUGUGUGAGGUGUAUGAAUGUGCAAGAGCAGCCACCCUAAUCCUCCUUCCUGUGUUGCAGGGUGACAGUGGAGGGCCUCUGGUGUGCAAAGACAACCGUGCCAGCUACUUCUGGCUGGUUGGAGUGACCAGCUGGGGGAAAGGCUGUGCCAAAGCCAAACAGCCCGGAGUCUACACCUCCACUCAGUACUUCUACAACUGGAUCCUGUUCCAGAUGGGCGUGUGCCCACCUGUGACAGCCACUUCAGCGCCAGAGUCACCCUGCAUCUCAAUGCCUCUUGAGCAGCCAACACCAACACCAACACCAACACCAUCAGGCUGCUCCACCUCUACUACCACUGCAUGUCCACAGACAACUGUCACGGAGGCUCCAACGCCAGAGCCAACCUUCAGCACAACCCCCUCUGUGCCGCCAACACCAACACCAACAGAGGCAGGCUGCUCUACUCCAGCCAGUACUUAUCAGCCAACUGCAGCAACCAUGCCAGAGAUAGCCUGGCCCUUAAAUUUCUCUGUGGAGCCAAUGCCAACAGAUUCUCUAUUUCCCACGCCACACCCAUAUGAGAUACUGCAGCACUUCCUCACUCAGGUGCACCAGAUGCUGCAGAGCCUCAUGGGGAACAAGACAGAAGCAGGAGGAUGAACAAGAUCCAGUGCAGGGUGCAGUGGGCCAUGACCACUUCACACUGGGGCAGUGCCUGCUGAUCCAAAGGCAGCCUCAGGGUCAAAGGUGUCCUCUCUCCUGCCCAUCUUCCUCCUCUGCAUGCACACAAAUGCUGAAAUUGAAUUAGUUGUGGAAAUAAAGUUGCCUAUAGCCACUGUUAGCACGUGUUUGCAGUCCAGUCCAGUCUCCUGUGCAAGACAAGGAGUCCCAGGCCAGGCACCAGCAAAACAGAGCUGUGAUGGGAGAAGGGAACACUGGUCACAGGGGCUACAGCUCUUGAGGACAGCAGCAGGGAACAUGGAUUUAUGCUGCCCAUCAGGGGGAACCCUGGCUGUGGGACUUGAAACUGGGCUCUCUGGUGACUCAGGAAAUGUGGCAUUCACACUCUCUGAAAAAUCCCUUCGCCCAGGAUUUUUCUCCUGGGAAGCU